GUCAUUUCCAGUCCCGCCCCCUCCGGCCCCGCCUCCCCCUGGUAUUUUCGGGACUUUCCUAAGCUGUUCUAACUUUCCUGCCCCUUACCCGUCCUAGCCCAGCCCAGCUCCCGAUUCGCCCUCCACCGGAUCUCCCCCGCCACACCCGGACGGGUGGCUGGAGGAGAUCCGACCCUCCCCCUAAUCUGGGACCCCCUCUCCCCGAACUCGGGUCCCGAUCUGUCUCUCACUCCCCCCGCCACUCCUCCUAACCUAAGGCGGGCGCCUGAAACUCUGGGGAACAGAAUCCGGCCGGAGCCACCAGACAGAACCGGGCCUAGCCCAGAGACAUGGAGAGCUGCUACGACCCAGGUCUGGAUGGCAUCAUUGAAUAUGAUGAUUUCAAGUUCAACCCUUCCAUUAUGGAGCCCAAGGAGCCUGCCCCAGAGACAGCUGAUGGCCCCUACCUGGUGAUCGUGGAACAGCCUAAGCAGCGAGGCUUCCGAUUUCGAUAUGGCUGUGAAGGCCCCUCCCAUGGAGGGCUGCCAGGUGCCUCCAGUGAGAAGGGCCGGAAGACUUAUCCCACUGUCAAGAUCUGUAACUACGAGGGACCAGCCAAGAUUGAGGUGGACCUGGUUACACACAGUGACCCGCCUCGUGCCCAUGCCCACAGCCUGGUGGGCAAGCAAUGCUCGGAACUGGGGGUCUGCGCUGUGUCUGUGGGGCCCAAGGACAUGACUGCCCAAUUUAACAACCUGGGUGUCCUGCAUGUGACCAAGAAGAACAUGAUGGAGAUUAUGAUACAAAAACUUCAGAGGCAGAGACUCCGCUCCAGGCCGCAGGGCCUUACGGAGGCCGAGCGGCGGGAGCUGGAGCAGGAGGCCAAGGAGCUGAAGAAGGUGAUGGAUCUGAGCAUUGUGCGACUGCGCUUCUCCGCCUUCCUGCGAGCCAGCGAUGGCUCCUUCUCAUUGCCCCUAAAGCCUGUCAUCUCCCAGCCCAUCCACGACAGUAAGUCUCCUGGGGCCUCAAAUCUGAAGAUUUCUCGAAUGGACAAGACAGCUGGCUCCGUGCGGGGUGGAGAUGAGGUUUAUCUGCUUUGUGACAAGGUGCAGAAAGAUGACAUUGAGGUCCGGUUCUACGAAGAUGAUGAGAAUGGAUGGCAGGCCUUUGGGGACUUCUCUCCCACAGAUGUUCAUAAACAGUAUGCCAUUGUGUUCCGGACGCCUCCCUAUCACAAGAUGAAGAUUGAGCGACCGGUAACUGUGUUCCUGCAACUGAAACGCAAGCGUGGGGGAGAUGUCUCUGACUCCAAACAGUUCACCUAUUACCCUCUGGUGGAAGACAAGGAGGAGGUGCAGCGGAAGCGGAGGAAAGCCCUGCCCACCUUCUCCCAGCCUUUUGGGGGUGGCUCCCACAUGGGUGGAGGCUCUGGGGGCUCGGCAGGGGGUUAUGGAGGAGCUGGAGGAGGUGGCAGCCUCGGCUUUUUCUCUUCCUCCUUGGCCUACAGUCCCUACCAGUCCGGUGCAGCCCCAAUGGGCUGCUACCCGGGAGGCGGGGGCGGGGCGCAGAUGGCCGAUGCGGCACCUAGCGGGGAUGCUCGGGAGGGAGCAGCAGAACCGAGCGCGCCCCUUGAGGACCCCCACCGCAAACCGCAAGCUCAGGAGCUGCUGCAGCGAGGUACAGCCCCCGGAAUUCGGGGGGUCGGAGCGCUGGGGAGGAUGCUCCAACUGCCUGGGCUCGCUAAACCGAAGUCUCGAUCCCCAACCCCCAGGCCGCUGCACCUGGCCAUUAUCCAUGGGCAGACCGGUGUCAUCGAGCAGAUAGCCCAUGUCCUGUAUCAUGCUCGGCACCUCGGGGUUGUCAACAUCACCAACCACCUGCACCAGACACCCUUGCACCUGGCGGUGAUCACCGGGCAGACCAACGUGGUGAGCUUCCUGCUGCAGGUGGGCGCAGACCCGACACUGCUUGAUCGGCACGGAGACUCCGCGGUGCACCUGGCACUGAGGUCCGGCGCCAGUGCCCCUGACCUGCUGGGUGCGCUGCUGCGGAGUGGGGCUCCCGCCGUGCCCCAACUGCUGCACAUGCCAGACUUCGAGGGGCUGUACCCAGUACACCUGGCAGUCCAUGCCCGAAGCCCCGAGUGCCUGGAUCUGCUGGUGGACAACGGGGCUGAAGUGGAGGCUGCAGAGCGGCAGGGGGGCCGAACAGCUCUUCACCUGGCCACAGAGAUGGAGGAGCUGGGGUUGGUCACCCAUCUCGUCACCAAGCUCCAUGCCAAUGUGAAUGCACGCACUUUUGCGGGAAACACACCCCUACACCUGGCAGCUGGACUGGGAUCCCCAACACUCACCCGCCUCCUUCUAAAGGCUGGUGCUGACAUCCAUGCAGAGAAUGAGGAGCCCCUGUGCCCACUGCCUUCGCCUCCCACCUCUGGUAAUGACUCGGAUUCUGAGGAGCCUGAGAGGGACACCCAAAGCAGCUUCCGUGGCCACACACCUAUUGACCUCACUCGCAGCACCAAGGUGAAGACCUUGCUGCUAAAUGCUGCUCAGGACACCAUGGCGCUGCCCCUGACCCCGCCCAGCCCCGCAGGGCCAGAGCUGCCACUCGAGGAUACAGUCCUGCAGAACUUGGAGCAUCUGUUAGAUGGGCCAGGGGCUCAGGGCAGCUGGGCAGAGCUGGCAGAACGGCUGGGGCUGCGCAGUCUGGUGGACACGUAUCGAAAGACAGCCUCGCCCAGUGGCAGCCUCCUUCGUGGUCUCCAGCUGGCUGGUGGGGACUUAACAGGCCUCCUGGAAGCUCUGUCUGACAUGGGCCUAGACGAGGGAGUGAGACUGCUAAGGGGUCCCGAGGCCCAAGACAAAUUGCCCAGCACAGAAGUGAAAGAGGACAGUGCAUACGGAAGCCAAUCAGUGGAGCAGGAGGCCGAGCAGCUAGGCCCAUCCCCCGAGCCACCAGGAGGGCUCUGCCACGGGCACCCGCAGCCUCAGGUGCACUGAACUGCUGUCCAUUUGCCUGCCCCCUUCCUGGGCCCCUCUGUACAGCAUCCCCACCUAUUCUAGUCCUUAUUUAACACCCCAUGCCCGCCCCUCAGUUGGGGUAAAUAAAGGAUUCUCAUGGGAAAAGGAGGGGCCUGGCCCCGUCCCUAAGUUAUA